AGUAGAAGUUCUGGGCGUGCUCCGAGGGCUUAUAAAAGCUUCUGUUUAUGUCAACAACUAGUUUCGUUUCAAUCGACGGGAGAAAUAGUGUGGUUCGUUACAGUGCGCCAAAGAGCCUUUGAGCCUCAAAUAAAUUAGCAGUGAAGUGUUUAUUCUAAACUAACAUAGAAAAUGUAUAAAUUGGUUUUCGUGGCCAUUGUGGCGUUGGCAGCAUUGCAGAUUCAGCAGAAUGAGGCGUUUAUAAUUGUGUCCAAAAGUAUUGGUGCCGCUCCUCCCAGCACUUCAAGCACUGCCGCUGCACCCGCUAUCGAUCCGAACGCACUCAUUCAAGGACUAACGAAUGCUGUGACAGCAAAAAUUCAAACAGUUAACCAACUUGUUGGCGGUUUGGUUCAAGCGAAAGUAAACUUGAAGCAGAGCUUACUCAAAAAUGUCCUGAGCACUGUAAAUAGUGUCAGCGCUGCUAUUCCGAGGCCGACUUAUAUUACGAAAACCAUUCGUAUACCGAUUUGGGUGAAAGGCGUUGCUGUACCCGCUGCUCCAGCUGCGACAACAACUAUAUCCUCAGCUGCACCGGAACCGGAAGCCGCAACGACGACUGCUCAAUCGGCCGGCUAUGCCUACAGACACAGACACCGAUACUAAAGAUAAAUUAUGUGCUAUGCGUAGAAAAGAUUAUGUUUUAGAAAGUCAUAGAAAAAAACCGAAUGGAUAUACGAUUAUAUUUGUGUAAA